CACAUUUCAUACUCGGCAUUAAGAGCUCCCGAGUCCCCGAAUAAUGUUUCAUGGAAUGAAUCCUUUCACUGGUCUGGCGUUGUGGAAAAUGGAGACCACGAUGUGGGACAUACCACAUCAAGCGCGUUGAUUCACUGCAUUCAUUGUUGCGAAGAGUCCACAAAACCCAGUUGUAUCGCUAUGAACUUGUGAGAAUACUCUGUCACCAAGCCACGGAUCAUCAGAUCAUCGGAAUCAGACCGAAUCUUCCUCGGGGCAGACGGAUUUCCGAGACUCGGGGCUUGAAUCCACCAAGGGCACGGGAGACAUAAAAGGGGCGUGAAGGAGACAGUCGAUAGAGUCACCAACAUUUCAUAUCACCACUGUCAUUUGAUUUUCUUUUCUCUAUUUUGGUGUAACGCUCGACAGACACAAUGCCUGGGAAAUAUCUAUUUACAGGAGGGUUCGUGGCAACCUUGGAUGAUUCUCUCGGCGAUUUCGAUAACGGUGCCGUCCUAGUCGAAGACGGCGUCAUCAAAGCUGUUGGAAAGGCUGAAGAUUUGAAGGCUGCAGACGCUGAAAUCAUCGACACCACAGAUGGCGUCGUGAUCCCUGGCAUGGUUGACACGCACCGGCACGUUUCCAUGUCGCUCACUCGCGGCUUGGGUGUCGAUCAGUCGUUGUUUCACUUCCUUUCCAACACCUACAUGAGGUGGCUACCUGCCACCGGGGCCGAGGACAUGCACACUUCGGCGUUGGUCGGUGCGCUCGAGGCUAUUGACAGCGGCGUCACGACCAUUCUCGACACAUGCGAGACCUUCCACUCGAGCAAGCACGCCGAAGCCGAGCUACAGGGCCUGAAGGACUCUGGAAUUCGUGCCUUUUUCGGUUACGGCAUGAGCGACGUUCCAUACGACGAUGCCCCAAUUGGGAAGCCCGGGUGGCAAGCCCGACUGGCCCACGUUGGCGCCCUCCGGGAUGCCAACUCGCGCGACGAACUGGUACAAGUCGGACUGGCGCUCAGUCCGCUCGGCGUCGUUCCCUUCGAUCUGACGAUCGAGGAGAUCAAGUUUGCGCAGGAGCAAGACAUGCUCUGCUGCUCUCACACAUGUGCGGUUGUCAACUCCGGAAUUACCAAGGGCCUCGAGGAGCUUGCCGAUCACAACCUGAUGUUGCCGGGUCACGUUUAUGUCCACUGCACCAGUCUUUCCGAACGUGAGAUAACUCUUAUUGCGGAAUCGGGUGGUAAGGUCUCUAUUGCUCCCGAAACAGAGAUGCAAAUGGGCAUGGGAAUCCCACCUGUGCGCGCCUGCAUCGAACAUGGCAUCAAACCCUCUCUGAGUAUCGACACCUCCACGAGCGUCGCGCCGGAUCUAUUCUCCCAGAUGCGACUAGCCCUUCAGCUGCAGCGAUGUCUCGACAAUGAUAGGGCACAACGGGACCGCAGAGUCGCGCUUGACGUGCAUUACACCGCCCGUGAUGCCUUGAUCUGGGGCACGAGCAACGGCGCCGAAGCUCUCGGUUUGGGCGAUCGCAUCGGUACCUUGACUCCCGGAAAGCGUGCCGACAUUACUUUCAUCUCCAACAGGCGCUCUCUAAGUUCAUCGGCAUAUCCUCUUGGCACGGCUGUGCUGCAUUCCACGGCCGCGGACGUCGACACGGUCAUGGUGGACGGGGUUAUCAGGAAGCGUGAUGGCUUCCUCGUUGGAUAUGAUCUCGCCUCGAUUCGUGCUAAGGCUAAAGCCGGAUUGAAUCGAAUCCUAGACAGUCUUUCUAGUAUGCGACCAGAGAUGAAGCCGGACGAAAUUCGUCGAUAUGUUUUGGAUGCCGAGCGCUCUACGCGGGCCAAUUUGGCGAGAGCGUAUGUUGGUGAGCAUGACCGAGGCGACUGGAUGAGGAAGCAGUAAACACUUGUCAC